AUGCAAGCCGCGCAAGAGGACGCUGUGCUCUUUGCGUCAGAUGUCGCGCUAGACACCCUUGACGACCAUACCUUGUUCGGUGACGACGGUUCUAUUGACGAGAGGAGACUCUUCGAAGCUGCAUAUCCAGUCGUACGCCUACCUAUUAGGUCCUGUGAAUCGGAGUCUAUCGGGCAUGGUGCUUCGUCCGCAGGAAAUUCCCCCUCUCCACCUCAUAACGUCGGAGGGUACGAGACUAUACGACCAUUUUCCACCUGGCCUCUUUACACAGGUUCCCCUACUAUUUCGCUCCCUCAAACAAGCGUCACGCAUCACGUUCACUUACGGUCCCCGAGAUCCAUUGUUCCUCAAUGA